AUGCUAGAGCCUUUAACAAAAAAGAAGGACACCUUCAUGAGAGACGCGAUUACGCCCCAUGAACGGCUUUCAGCUACUCUAAGAUUUCUGUCAUCAGGUGAAAGCUUCGAGGACUUUAAAUUUUUGACAGCAAUAUCCCCACAUAGCCUAAGUCGCAUUCUUCCAAAAACUGAAAACGACUGGAAAUGCAUUGCCAAUGAUUUCAAUACACUGUGGAACUUUCCCAACUGCAUUGGGGCGAUCGAUGGCAAACAUGUGGAAAUAAUGAAACCACCUGGAACAGGCUCAUAUUAUUAUAACUAUAAGAAAUCAUACUCUAUUUUUAUGAUGGCAAUUGUUAAUGCGAAGUAUGAGUUCAUUGCCGUUGAAGUUGGUGCAAACGGAAGAGCAUCUGACGCUGGAAUCUUCGGUCAAAACCGCUUCAAGGAGGAAAUUCUACAAACGCAGCGAAAUCCGUUCGCAAUAAAUACAAAGAGUAUUUCAACACAGUUGGAUCAGUUCCGUGGCAAAAUGACAUUGUAUAAAAAUUAA